GACUAAACAUUAACCAAAACAAAAUGGGGGCAGCGUUGGACACACCAGCCAGGUGUCCUCUCUGUAACGAGAUGACCCGGGACCCCGUCACCCUGAAAUGUAACCACCGUUUCUGCCGACGAUGCAUUGGAGAUUUGUGGAGCGUUCAUCCGAACGGGCCAUACCACUGUCCUGAGUGGAAAUGUAAAACAGUGUACCCGACUCUGCCGUUUGAUAGCAAUUUCAUACGGCUACAGACCCCCAGUCGACCAGGGCCGUCUCGCAGUAAUACAGGUGCAUCCAGCAACUAUGAAAACAUCUCAACGCAAAGGAGGCCCUCACUCACCAGCCGACUCCUUGGAAAGAGAAAAGCUAACACACCCGUUUCAGAGGAACCUGCCACAAAGCGAUCAACUGCAGAGUCUCCUGGUGGGACGUCUACCGACAAUGAGACUCCCAUCAUUGUCUUGUCAGAUGAACCAGGGCAGUCAACUGAUGUGGGGGCAUCCAAAAAUGCUGCAAACUCAGCAUCUAUACAGGCUCAGCAAGGUGAUGGCCCCGUCCAGAGUGAAAACUCUGGCAGCACAGUAGCUGUACCCACAAGCAGUGAGCCACAAGUUAUUCCAGUCAAGCAAAACCAGAAUAAUUCAGUGUUAGUGGAUGACUCCGACAGCUCCAGUGAAGUAGAUCUAUGUGACUCACCUCUUGCUGCUACCCCUGAGAAAGGUAGACCUAUGACAAGAAUUCAGGUUUCACCAAAGAAACUUGCCUCACCUGCCAACUCUGAUAGCCAUCCUGGGGUCUCAGUUCCAGUUAGAGAGUCAUCACCAGCACAGCAAGCCAGCAAGACACAGUUCAUACUCAAUAAGAGUGCUGCAGCUGCCUCAGAAUCCACAAGCCGCGUUGGUGUCUUCUUAAAGCCUGACAACAAAAACACUGGCCCUGUCCCCUGUCAUUAUUGCCCUAAAACUGGUUAUCAGUCAGCGGUGAAGACCUGUCUGGUGUGCGGGGCCUCCAUGUGUAAAGAACACCUGCGGCCCCACCUGGAUUCCCCUGUCUUCCAGAAUCACACACUGGUUCCUCCCAUGGAGGACAUUUCACUGUGGAGGUGCCAUGAGCACCAGGAGAUCAACCGCAUCUACUGUCGACAGUGUGGAGUGUGUGUGUGCACUGUGUGUAGGGUCAUAGGCUCCCACCAAAACCACAUCUGCAUCAGCAUCAGGGAGGCAGAGCAAGAGCUCAGGGCAAACCUGAAAGAAGACAUCAAACAGCUGCAGGAGACUGAGCAGCAAGUGAAGAACAGAGUGAAUGAGCUCACACAGAAGAAAGAGACAUUCAGAGGGGUUUUAAUUGAAGCACAUGCAGGAGUGAAGCAGCAGUACGGAGCCAUCAGAGAGGCCUUGGAGCAGGAGGAGCAAUCAGCUCUUCAGUGUGUGACGAAGGAGGAGAACAGGGUCCUGGGAGGACUAGAGGAGAAACUCGGCCAUUUACGGAGCUCCCUGCAGUCCAUCCAGAGCAGUCUCCACACUCUAGAGGGUCUUGCUGAUGCCAAGGGAGACAGACAAGUUCAGGACCAGGCUUUCAUUAUGGAAUACAGCAGGAUUUCUCAACUUACUAGUGGCAUGGGCAACUAUGUGGAGCAGUUUAAGGCUCCAGAGGAAGUGGACCAUGCCCGACUGAAUUACCUGCAGAGGUGGACAGAGAAACGGUUGGACACAGUCGUCAUCCUUGUACCCGGCAAAGACAGAGACCUUUACAGGCUACUGUAUGGCACCAUUCCCCUCUUGGACGCUGAUACAGCCCAUCCAAAGUUGCAACUGUCUGAUGACAACAAAAGGGUAACCUACGGUGAGGCCCAGCAGGCCUACACAGAGCAUGAAGCUCGCUUCAGCUCCUUCCCACAGGUCCUAGCGUCCCAAGCCCUGAAGGGGGGCCGCUGGUACUGGGAGGUGGACUUAUCUGUGGAUGAUGGCCGCUGGAAGGUGGGGGUGUGCCAGGGUCAGAUUGAAAGGAAAGGCCAAAAGGACAGCUCUCGUCUGGGGUUCAACUCUUACUCUUGGUGCCUGGCCUGUGACAAAAAGAAGGUGGAAGCUAUUCAUAACAAGGAGUCGGUUCCUGUGAAGGCAAAUGGGCUACAAAGAGUGGGACUCUUUCUUGAUUUUGAAGAGGGUAGUUUAUCAUUCUUUAAUGUGACAGCAGGGGGCAGUCUUGCUUUACUGCAUUCUUAUAAGCACCAAUUUUCUGACCCUCUAUACCCAGCCUUCUCUGUGUCUAAAACACACCUGGCCAUCUGCGAUCUGUUCCAGCCAUAAAACCACACAGUGGUGGCAUCUCAAGUCUGCUGAAAAUUUUUGUAACAUGUGAAAGCUUGUGACUUCAGAUACGUAUGGCAUAAUUGCUUAAAUGUGAUUUUAAUACCUUUGGUAGCUCUGGAUUUUAACCACUAUAGACAUACUGUUUACUACUGGCUAUACAUUCAUAAUCACGUCAAACAUACAUAACAUAUUUGAUAUUUUUUUUACUUUUCAAUAACCAAAUCAUUUUUAUAUUUUUAAUGGAAGGCAAGCACCAGCAUUAUUUAGUCUAAGCUUUGC